CAGGUUUUAAAGAUUGUUUUUAUUCAGAUUUUAAUAAAUAGUGUUCGAUGGGUUCCGAAAAUAUUACACCCUUUCAACUAAGAGAAAUUAUACUUAACGCAAGGAAACCUUUGAUACUGAAAAAGUUCAACUGUCAAUGGUCAUGCUUCAAAGAUGGGCUUAGUAAGUGGUGCGCCAAGUAUGAUAGUUACAGCAAAGAGAAGCCGCAAUUCGAAAAGAUGCCCGUUAAAAACGAAUUGAACGAACCUCAGUGGGAGCGGAAACGUACAAUGGAAAGAAUGUCUGCCAUGGAAUUUUUAAAUUUGUACAGCAAUAACGAAGACUGCAGCACCUGGUCUGGAUUGAAUUACAAGCGUAGAAAUGAGCUUCCAGUUGAAUCAACCACUGGGGUCGAUUUUGGCUGUUUUGGUUUUCCCAAUGUCAACGAUGAAUGUACCUUUUGGCUUAGUUCUAAGGGAGCAAAUACACCCUGCCACUAUGAUACAUACGGCAGUAAUGUAGUCGUUCAAAUAUUCGGAAGAAAGUCUUGGUUACUCUUCCCCCCUGGUACAUCAGGUUUAACAACCACUCGUAUUCCAUAUGAAGAAUCAAGUGUUUACUGCUUAGAAAACUUCUAUGCACCAACUGCAAUGGACGUGAUAAAACUGUCAAAGUUAAGCGGCCAAUGUUAUCACUAUGUACUUGAACCCAAUGAUGUAUUAAUAGUGCCAAGGCAUUGGUGGCACUUCGUUGAGGCCUUGGAGACAUCAUUAAGUGUUAAUGCAUGGAUACCAUUAAGCUGCGAUGUUGACAAUCAAAUUGAGGAAUGUAUUGUUAAGUAUUUUAUGGACAAAAUGAUCGCUAACAAAGACUCCACUACGAGACACUACCUAAUGAACCCCAAUCAGCUAAAUAGCAAUACAUCAGAUGACGAACUAUUUAAUAUCUUGGAAUACUUAUUAGAGCAAAAGAACAAUGUGUACGAACAUGCUGCUAAAAAAACAUCCUCCGUUCACCAAUAUCAUUAUAUAGAUGAAAAUAAUUUAAUUUCAUUAAUUAAGAGUUUUGGAAAUAUAUGCGAAGUAUCAUUGAUGGCAGAUGAUGAUUGGGAAAUGUAUCUGAAACGAAAUUGUACACGCUGCAAUUCUGAGAAAAUUAACGAAGGAGCUGUUGCUACGACCUUGAGGAAUAGCGAGGAUAUAUUAAUCAAUAGUAUAUGUAGUCCUUAUAUUGUACAAACGAUUAAAGAAGAAUUUUGCAGACGAUAUAUAAAAAAUAAAACCAAAGAAUGAGAACAAUUGCUCACCAUUAAGGAAAUGGGACAAAAUUCUCACAUACCAAUGAGA